UAUCAAUAAACGGUAUCAUUGUAUAAUAUUUGCCCUCAAAGCAAAACGCUUUAGUUGAUCUAAUUUUAUACUAAGGCUAUUCGUCAUUAAAACAAAUAAUGCUGUCAGGGGGUUUUCAGGAAAGGCGGAAUCAAACGUUCUAGAGACCGUGAAAAAAAUCAGCACAAGUGGGGCUUUUUAGCGAAAAAAUUUGGUGAUAUUUCACUGGUAGUGUCAUAGUGGAAUAACAUUGAUCCGUCUAAAACAAAUAUUUAUAACGAAUUUUGGUAAUACAUCGGUAUUAUUUCACAAACUGCAAAAAUUCAGAACCUUGGACAGUGGCCGACAUACGCCGCCGUUAAAGCCUGGAAAUUGGUGCGGUCGGAUUUAAAAGAUCAAGAAAAAUAACUGCAGAACUUUGUGGACUAUUUGGAUUCUGCAAGAAAGCUCAACCACUUUUUUAAAUCUGCACGAAGAGAAAGAGAAAGCAUAAAGCCCCUCUCCACAGUGUUCUCAGAGUUCUUCCUGGAGACUGGCUUGACAAGUUUUGGGCACCUGAGAGGAACUGGCCCUCAUAGGUGCCUGUUCUUGAAAGCAGCCAAGGCAGGAUCUCUUUUGUCCUCCUCUAAUCCAGCGAGGCUUGUGCACGCCACCUGCCUGCCCCCCCACUCCCCGCCGCCAUGGGCACCGUGCUCUCUCUGUCCCCCAGCUACCGUAAGGCCGCGCUUUUCGAGGAUGGGCCUGCCACAGUGGGACACUACACAGCCGUGCAGAACAGCAAGAACGCGAAAGACAAGAACCUCAAGCGCCACUCGCUCAUCAAUGUGCUGCCGUGGAAACGCAUCGUGGCCGUCUCAGCCAAAAAGAAAGGCUCCAAGAAGGUGCAGCCCAAUGCCACCUACCAGAACAACGUCACCCACCUCAACAACGAGAACCUGAAGAAGUCGCAAUCCUGCGCCAACCUCUCCACCUUCGCCCAGGACUCCGCCGCCCCCGCCCUUUCUGGCUCCAAGACCUCCGGCAAUGUGGCCUCCUCUGUCAAGAAGGCUCCCCUGGGUGGCUCCACCGCCGCCCCCGGCACGCCCAAACGGGUGAUCGUUCAGGCCUCCACCAGCGAGCUCCUGCGCUGCCUGGGCGAGUUCCUCUGCCGGCGCUGCUACCGGCUCAAACACCUGUCACCCACUGAUCCCGUCUUGUGGCUGCGAAGCGUGGACCGCUCUCUGCUGCUCCAAGGCUGGCAGGAUCAGGGCUUCAUCACACCGGCCAAUGUGGUCUUCGUCUACAUGCUGUGCCGCGACGUGGUCUCCUCGGAGGUGGCCACAGAGCACGAGCUGCAGGCCGUGCUGCUCACCUGCCUCUACCUGUCCUACUCCUACAUGGGCAACGAGAUCUCCUACCCGCUCAAGCCCUUCCUUGUGGAGAGCUCCAAGGAGGCCUUCUGGGACCGCUGCCUGUCAAUCAUCAACCUAAUGAGUGCCAAGAUGCUGCAGAUCAACUCCGACCCGCACUACUUCACCCAGGUCUUUGCCGACCUCAAGAACGAGAGCCAGAAGGAGGAGGAGAGGAGCCGUCUGCUCAUUGGCUUGGACCGGUGAGGCCUGGUGGGCUGGAGGUGGUCAAAGGAUGGCCACCGGCGGGGCAGCAGUCUGCUCUCAUCUGGCAUUUCUCAAAGGUGAUACGUAUCGUGUGCUAUGGGAGAUUGUGCACUGGACCUUGUUCACUAGAUAUAGUUCAUCUAGGACGCAAAAUCCAAAUCCGAUCCCAUGCUCAGGUCUUUUUGAAAGGGACAAUUAUGAAACCUUCUUAGAUGAAUUUUCUGAUAUUGUGCCUCUAAGGCUAAAAAUCCCCUAAUUAAGAAAGGUUGAAUUGGUGUGACAAUAAUAAUAACCCCAUACCAGUCAUCUGGCAAGACUGAAGCAAUCAAGUACCAUCUCUAUCAUCUUUUUAUUUGAGGAAGCAAUAGCAGCAAUGUGAGACGUGAAUUUCCUAAUGAGGCUUGUGGAGAGGGAUAUCAGGGCAGGGUGUUAUGGGCUGCAAAAUUGCUCAGAGAAUUGCAGGAAGACAGAGGCUAAAGUCCAGUCUGUAUCCACUCAAAAUUUAACUGUAUUUCAGAAAUUUUGAAAGAAGUCAUCAAUACAGAGAUAUAUACCUGCUAUCAAUACAAAAAAAUCUUAAUUAAGCAUGUUAUCAGAGUUCAUUUUCAGGUCAGAGAUGAAAGUAUGACUAAUAAGCAAAAUAAUAUUUAAAACAGCAAGAUUAUCUAAAAUAAAUUAAUACCCCCCAAAUGGCAUACAUUUCCAGAGCCUCUUAGUUGUGAAUGAGUAUUGAGCCACAACCUAAUGAAAUGCCAGACUUGAGCAGAUUCUCUGUUCCUAAUACAUAUACAUAUAUAUAUAUAUUAUACAUAAAAUACACUUAGUUAUUAAAAACGACAAACUAGACAAAAGACAAGAAAAGAAGAAAAUACACACACACACACACACACACACACACACACAUAAAAAAGAUAUGUCUGCAGCUCAGAAUGUGGAAAGGACUGCAGACACUGUUGUGUCUCUUGUCACAAGACCCUUGACGGGUUGAAGGACUGCGCUACCCUAUCAUGAGAGCCGGGGGGAGGGGCUGGGGAUUGAUUGACGUAUUGGUGUCAUACGUGACUGGAUUACCACCGACAUUGCAGAUGACUGGUCCAUUGCAGCAGUGGUCUCUGCCUGCCUGAGACCUGGAGAUGCUGAGCUCUUCUGCUCCUGACUGCAGUGGGGUGUGAUGAUGAGGCCUGACAGUACCGCACACAUGCAGCUCCUCGCUGGUGCACAAUGGUUUACCACCGAGGUGCAUGUGCGUGUGUGCGUUUAUGUGUGGGCAUAUAUGUAUGGGUCAACCAGUGAUAAAACAAAAAGUGCAAAUACUUGUGCGUGAGGGAGUGGAAGUGAGGGAUGGGGAGAAAUGGCAGAUGAAAAAAUAAUGACUGAAGGGGGAAGCAUGGCUUAUAUUUGGGAUGUCACAAGAAUGGUUAUCUUUCCAUGUCCAGCUCAAGUGUUAUUGAUGUCCAACUUUAUUUUCUGGGGAAGGAAUGCAUCCUUUUCUGAUUUCCUCAACAGGCUAAUGUCUGAGGUUUAUUUAUUAAUAGCAUUAAUUUAUUUUCAGGAGGAGCUCCUUACACACAUUAAAAGUCAACUGGCAUUUUCAGAGGGCAACAGUUUCUUUGCGCACUCUUUCCCAUUACAUUUUCAGCCAAGGAUCCAAGGUGCAUUUAGAGAGCACUUGAUUAUCUGGUUAUGAUUUCUAAGACUAGUUAUUUGUCUGAUUGGGAUUUUACUUAAAUCUAGUAUGAAAUCAUUUUGAAAUCCCCAAAGAAAUUCAAAAGACAGAUGUAACACCAGUGCCAAACCUUCGAGGAAAAUCCAGUGAAUCUAAAAAUAAAAACUCUUAAGGUCUGUAAAUUCUGAAAUGAAUACAUUGACAGCAUACAGUUUAUUGAAUUCACGAAAAAAUAUUUAAUAUUUAAAUACUUUCCUUGUGAAUGAAAUGACAAAAAUUGUAGAAUAAUAAUUUUAUCAUCAGUAACAAAAACAAUCAUUAACAAAAUGUGUUAGAGAAAGACUGUUAGUAAGAAGUAGUACAUUCAACAGAUGGGAAAGACGAUAGUGUUGAGAUCAAUGUAUUUGAAUUGGUGGGAAUUUUGUAUUUUAGGGCAACGCAACAGCAGAUCUAUCAAAAUUGGAAAAGAGGAUGGAAGGAUCAUAGGUGUGCGACAGCCUGUAUAACAAUAUGAGUAAGGCACAUAUUCAACUAUGAUGAGAACAUCAGUGAUGUGUUGAAAUUGGAGUGAGUCAUAUGGGGUGCUGGUGUAUAGGAGGACAGAUAGUUUCACCUGGGGGAACAUUUCAGAAGAGGGCAGUCAAGUCUCCCCAGACUAUGUAAUCACACACUGCCUUUUCCUGUUUGCUGUUUGAGUACAUUGGAUUAAAUGUCAGGAGUCGUGCAGGGAAAGUUCUUGUCAACUGCUGUAGGGAAAAGCAAGUUUACAAUCUGUUUGGAGUCCAUAUGACAACGGGAAGACCGUUGUUUGGUAGGCCAACCACCACCGCCUCCUUGAAUCUCAUCUCCCAUAGGAGAUUUUGGUACUGUCUGUGUGGAAACUAGAAUCAGAAUGUGAGAAUAUCCCCUUCUUUGAGGAAACAAACACCAAAAAGCAGAAAGUAUUCCAGAGACUGUGAACUGCUGCCAGCUCUCUGCGACACAGCUUUCAAGGGGAAACUGAGGAGCUGCCAAGAUGAAAAGGAACAAACGCCACAAUCAACAACAAAAAGGAACUAAAAAAAAGUAUUCAAUAAAUAUUUAUUUGCCCGCUUUCUUAUGACGUCAACGGUGAUCAAUUGUGCAUGCUUUUUUUCAAUAAUUGUGUCUUUAGAUUUUCUUUCAGGAAAUGACAAAUGGUGACAAAUAUAUGCACAUGUUGGUUACAUUUUUUUUUUCUCUCUGAUGUUCCGUGCUUAAAAAAAACAAACAUUUGAUGCAAGUCGUCCCUGGAUACUGCGUCAUUGUGCUCUUUUCUUAUCUUCUGCAUUGGUUCUUCAAAAAAAGAAAAAAAAAAAAGAAACUAGAGACAAACAUUGGACACUGGAGACAGACAUUGGACACGUACUGCAUACAAGUGUCUCUGUGCCCUGUUAAAUUGGCGUGCCAUCCUCAUGAAACGUGAAGGAGACAAAUCUCCGUCAUGCUCAAGAACUGACCCUGCACUACGAGUUUACAAAGGCUUGAGAAGUUGAGGACAUGGUCGACAGCUGUGUUGUUCCAUAGGGACAAAACAGGGACACACACUUUACUUUGUUUUGGGAUUUUCUCUCGAGAGACAGCAGGACUUGAGAGGGAGCGGGGGGUGGGGGGGGGGGGUCUUGGGGUAAAAACAGGGGACUCUGGAACCAUCCACCUGAAGAUGUGGCUACCCCGAUUCACUACAAUGUGCCAAUUUUUUUCACUUGCAACACUAAGUAGUUGAUUAAGAAAUACUUUUCAAAAGCUUAAAAAAACAAAAAAAGGUAACUGUUCAUUUUUUCUCUUGGUUCUUUUGUGUAUCUUGUUGCGUACAUCUUUGUUGAUCAAAAAAACAGUGUUAUUAGAUGAUUAAAAAGGAGAUGCACUCUCAGUGACUGCAUGUGAGUGUGUGUGCGUGCGUGAGAGAGUGUGUUUGUACAGAAGAACGUGAUAGGCUUAUCUCACGGGGACAGGGGAAGAAAAGACUAGGAGAGAUGGGUUGUUUUAAACGGAGGUUGGGAAUAUUUGGGGAUGGAUUCCGACUGGUGGGAGGGGGUGGGAACAGGGCGUUGAGCUGUUAUGAUUGUUUACUUUUAAAAAAGCCCUCGCUGUAACUGAACCUUUUUUUGGUUUCUGCUUACUUUUAUUUAUUUUUGUACUGUGAUGGAAAAUAAAAUGCACUGAUCGUU